AUGGAGCACUACUACAUGCCGCCGGAGCAGUUGUACUACGAGGUCAUGUCGUGUAGCCAGACAGGUCCCGGGAUUUACCCAUUUUUGGUGGAGAAAGCCAUGCAGGCUGGGUUCAAGCCUGUGCAUGCUAAGGUUAAGUCUACUGGGUUGGUGGUUAAUCGCAUUGGGGCGUCGAUUAAGGGUGAAAUUUUACUUGUGCUCGCUGACGGUGUGACUGAUGCUCCUACCGUUGACGAGAUAUUCAAGAGUUGGUUCAAGGCUGCCAAAGGUCCUUGUUAG